CUGAAAGCCCAAAGCGCAACAGAGUCAGCAAAACCGAGUUAACUCGUGAAACUCGCUCUGCCGUAGUACUUUCUAAUUCUCGAUUCCGAACCCUUUCUCUAUCGGAACCUCUGCAACAGAAAGGGAGUGUGUAGAGAACAAACCAAAACCCCAAAACCUUGGUGUGAGAUAUGGAUAUACCGCCGAUGAAAAACCCAAUGGACGACUUGUUCGGCGAAGACUCCGACAACGACUCACGAUCCUCGCGUUCGAAAUCCUCCUCUUCCGGCAAUGCUUCUUCCUCCUCCUCCUCCUCCUCGUCUGGCUCAGCUUCCUCUUCCGGAGCUUCUUCCUCUAAAGGCGGAGAUGGAGACGGUGGUGGUGCUGAUUCCAGCAGCUCAAGCGAUAGCGGAAGCAGCGGCGGGAGAGAAGACCACGGAGGUGAUAGCUAUAGGAGCAACGAUAAUGUAGAUAGUGGAAGCUACCCUUACGAAGAAGAGGAAGAUGAUGAGAGAGAUCUUUUUGGGUCUGAUAAUGAAGACUACACUAAGACUCCUGCUUUAAGCACUUACUCAAUCCCUGUUUUGCCUGCGGGAUGGAGCAGUGACAACAACGGUGGGAGAGGAGGAACGGGACGUGGGCGUUGGGGAAAUGGGAGAGGAGGAGCUGGGCUUCUUCCUCGCCCUGGGCCUUUCCCUGGAGGACGUGAAGGCCGCGGUGGGUUUGGUGGGAGAUACCAGAAUUAUCAGCGUGAUGAGCGGUUUGUUUCUGAGCUUAAACUUUCGAAAAGCAAAGAGACAUUGUCUAGAAAAUCCACCGUCUUUCAGGAGCCAUGUGAGCUUACUAGCUACAGUCGUGUAGAAGGUGGAGAAGUGUUCUUUGAUGAGCGAGGUUUGAGGCUUUUCAAGCGUCAUGUUUCUGAAGACAUUGGAGCGGAUUUAAAUCAAGGUUAUGAUACUUUUAUUGAGAAAAUAGAUCUGGGCUCUGAGGGCUUUGGUGACUUUCUUGCCAGCAUUAGAGCAAAAAACAUUUCGUUGGAGAACAUUCAUUUUGUGACAUUCCGUAAUAAUCUAAACAAGAUACUGGGUGCUGCUUAUAACCGGAAUGAACCGUGGGAGAUGGGUGUGCAUAAGAGGAACGGGACCAUUUAUCUUGAUGUGCAUAAGCUGCCUGAAAGGCCACAGAGUGACUUAGAUCGCCGCAGAUGUUACUGGGGUUACUGUUUCGAAAGCCUAGCGACGGAAGAUCCAGGAAGAGCUUAUGGGGAAGAUAUACAUCACGUGGAUGCAAACGUUGAAUUUGUAUCUGUUGUCAAGACUAAACUCGGAGCUCACCGUGUUCUCAUGGGUGCUGAAAUGGAUUGCUGUGACGAAACUGAUGAAGGAAGGAGGAUUUAUAUAGAGUUGAAAACAUCUCGCGAGUUGGAUGAUCGUACCGUAGAGAGAUUUGAGAGAGAGAAGCUGCUUAAAUUCUGGGUAAGCAAUGAUAUCUCACGAGUCUUUGUUUCUCGUUGUGGAUUCUUAGAAACAACUAUGAAACUAUUGCUGCAGAUACAAUCAUUUGUAGCAGGAGUGCCAUAUAUUCUCGUUGGAUAUAGAGACGAUGGAGGGAGGCUAGUACGCACAGAGAGACUGAGAACAAAAGAUAUCGCACACAGAGCCAGACUGAAAAACUAUUGGCAGGGAGGAGUGUGUUUGGCAUUUGCUGAUGAGGUUCUUUGCUGGCUUUACGGCACUGUUAAAGAGAACGAAGAUUACACACUACAGUUCGUGCAUCCAUUCAUGAGGCUAGAGCUUCUUCAAGCUCAGUCUUGUCCUGACGCCAUCACUAAUCAUGUUCACCUUCUUCAACAUCCUUCAUCACCACCACCACCUCAGUAACUCUUUAAUGUAAUCAUUUAUAAUCUUGUAGUACUUAGUUUUUCCAAAAUCAAAUUUUCCUUUUUAUACAAAGUUUUUGAUUUUGGAUUCCUCUUGUAACAUUACCAACACCAAACAAUGAAAAAAAAAUAUUUUUGGAUUAAAUCUGUUUUUCAAUUCCACCAAUGAGAAAUGAAUUUAACCUGAGCCGGGGGCCUGUAUAACUCGGUCCAAGCCUUUCCACGUGACCGUCACGUGUCUCUCCUCUUUACCGGAGAGAACCUAAUUUUAUUCCCGUUUUGCCCUUCCCUCUUCUUUUAUUCCUUUCUUAUCUAAAAAAAAAAAAAAACUCCGAGCAAGAACAAAAAAGAAGGAAAGGAAAGGAAAGAUCUGUGUAUGUAUGUAUAAUACAAUACCACCACGAGAAGCUCCGUUUCGAAACCCUAGCGAUUCCGAAUCUUGACCCCUCUCCUCCUUUUUUUCGUUUUUUUU